AUGCCGCUCACAAGCUGGGUUCAAAGCUCUUUUCCGCUCACGGAUCGGCCCGCGAAGGUGGCGAGUCAAGCCGUCGGCGCUGAGAUCUGGGGCCCGACCCAGGUGCCUCGUCCCGCUCCUGGCGCAGGCGAACGACAAGUCCUUUUCCCCCAGAUGGUCCUGCCAGUUAUUGAGUAUAAAACUCUCUUCACAGCCAGGAAGCCCAUAGGUGCCAACCACUUGGUUGUGUUGUUCCGAUCUGCCCAUUUGAAAGGCGAUAGAGGGCUGGCGAGCUCACCUGGUAGCAGGAAUUGGCUGGCAGUGGCUUCAUUUUCUCGGCUGUUCAUGCGUCUCCUUCCAAUUCCUCACUCAGAUCCUCUUAGUAUCAUGGAGAUCGUCACAUCUGGAAGGGUUUUCGAAGGUCGUUCGAUUCGCAGGGUGAACACACUUGGAUAA